GAGAACGCAUGCAGUUGGUGCACAGAGCUGCAGGCCCAUAGCAAGGGCGCAGUAGUCCGAGAGCCGCGAUUUAUUGUUUGCUUCUACCACGCAGCAGUUGCUUUGUCCUAUAUCAAUAGCGCAUCAGGAGACUCAUAAUCACAGCCUACAAAUAAAUAUCAGUUGAUUACAAGGAGCACGAGCAAAAAUGGCGCAGCCAGCUGUGCCAGCGCCGGACCUGGACUCGCUGCUGAUGGCAUGCCUGUCGAAUAACACAGAGGCCAUCAAGGCCGCUGAGGCCGCCCUGAAGAAGCUGACUGGGUCGCCCGCCCUCAUGCCGGAGCUGCUGGCACGUGCCGCCGGCCACCCCUCGCCCGAGGUUCGGCAGCUGGCGGCGGUGCUGCUGCGCAAGGCCGUGACCAAGCACUGGACCAAGCUGGGCGAGCAGGACCGCGCGCACGUGCAAGCGGUGCUGUUGGAGCGGCUGGUUGCGGAGCCCACCCACCCCGUGCGCAAGAGCCUGGGCCACCUGGUGGGGGUGGUGGCUCGCCACGCCGUGCCGCGGGCCGAGUGGCCGGGGCUGCUGGAAUUCCUGGGGCGCUGUGCCGCCAGCGGCGAGGCGGGGCACCGGGAGGUGGCGCUCAGCCUGCUGGGCAGCCUGGCGGAGCACGUGGGCGAGCACCUGGCGCCGCACGUGGCCUCGCUCCUGGCGGUGGUGGGCGCGGGGCUGCGCGACCCCGCGCCGGACGUGGUGCGGGCGGCGGUGCGCUGCCUGGAGCCGCUGGCGGGCCUGGUGGCGGGCGGGCCGGCGGCGGGCGUGGAGGCCUUCCACGGCCUAGUGGCGGCGCUCAUGGAGGUGGCUGCCGCCGCGCACGCCGCCUCCCCCCAGGACGACGAGACGCUGGUGGCGGCGCUGCAGCUGUUCGUGGAGCUGUGCGAGGCGUCGGCGCCGCUGCUGGGCAAGCACCUGCCGGCGGUGGUGGCGCUGGCCAUGCGGGUGGGGACGGACCCAGGCACGGAGCUCAGCACGCGGGAGGCGGCGCUAGAGGUGGUGCACUGGAUUGCGCGCUUCAAGCCCAAGCAGCUGGGCCGCAACAAGGAGCUGGUGCGGCAGGUGGUGACGGCGCUGUGUGCCAUGGCCGCGCAGCCGCCGCCGCCGGACCUGGACCCCGAGGACGACGGCGUGCUGCCGCCCAGCAAGAUGGCCACACAGGCCCUGGACGCGGUUGCACUACACGUGCCCCCCGCCGCCGUGUUCCCGCCCGUCAUGGCCUUUGCGCGCGAGGCGCUGGCCGCCCCGCAGCCCGCCGCGCGCGACGCGGGUCUGACCUGCCUGGCGGUCAUCUUUGAGGGCUGCCGGGAGCCGCUGAGGAAGAGGCUCAAGGACGUGGUUCCGCUGCUGCUAUCCGGCCUGCGCGAUGGCGAGGCCAGUGUGCGGGGCGCCGCCGCCUUCGCGCUGGGCAUGGCGGCCGAGUUCCUGCAGCCCGAGAUCGUGGAGCACUACAAGGAGGUGCUGCCCCUGCUGUUCCCGCUGAUGGCGGAGGGCAAUGCGGACGUGUGCGAGCGCACCUGCUACGCCCUGGACACCUUCUGUGAGGCACUGGAGGGUCCCGAGAUCGUGCCCUACCUGCAGCAGCUGGUGGGCGGGUUGGGCGCCGUGCUGGGCUGCAGCGGCCCGCCGGUACAGGAGCUGUCGCUGUCGGCUCUGGCGUCCGUGGUGGCGGCGGCGGGCAAGGAGUUCGAGCCCUACCUGGGCUCCGUGCUGCCGGCGCUGCACCCCUUCAUGUCCUCCUCCGCGCCCGCACUGGCCGCCUGCCGCUGCCGCGCCACCGAGACGGCGGGGCUGCUGUUCGAGGCGCUGGGCGGCCCGGGCGGCAGCGCACAGCUGAGGGCGCUGGCGGGGCCGCUCAUGGAGCUGGGGCUGCAGGGCUUCAAGCUGGACAGCAGUGAGCUGCGCGAGUACGGGCACGGGCUGUUCUCCUGCAUCGCCAAGAGCCUGGCCGCCGACUUCGCGCCCUUCCUGCCGCACUGCGUGCCGCUGGCGCUGGAGUCCAUCGCGCAGGACGAUGGCGUGUUCGGUGAUGACGACGACGAAGAGGAGGAGGAGGAGGAUGACGAGGACGAGGAGGAGGAGGACAAUCGGCGGGCGCAGCAGUUGAGCAUUCGCACGGGUGUGCUGGACGAGAAGUGUGCCGCUACCAGCGCGCUGGGUCUGUUCGCUCAGGCCUGCCCCGCCGCCUUCACGCCCUACCUGGAGCCGACGCUGGCGGCCUUUACCAAACAGCCCGGAGGCAUGUGCAGGUACUUCCACGAGGAGGUGCGGGUGCAGGCGGCGGAGGCGCUGCCGCGCCUGGUGCUGUCCGUGUACGCAGCCUGCCCGCCGCCGCCGGGGGCAGCGGGGGCCGCGGCCGUGCUGCCGCCGGUGCGCGCGGUGCUGGACGUGGCGUGCAAGGAGCUGACCCGGGCCCUGGAGGACUCGGAUGCGGCGGUGGUGGCCGCCGCGCUGCAGGGCCUCACCGCCCUGCUGCGGCAGCUGGGGCCGGAGCCGCUGGGCGGCGCGGUGCUGGGCGCGCUGUCGGGAGCCGUGACGGCGGUGUUCAAGAGCGAGGCGCCGUGCCAGGCCUACCUGGACGAUGAGGACGACGACGGCGGCGACGACGACGAGGAGGGCGGCGGCGGCGCGGCGGCCGAGGAGGAGCUGUUCACGGCCGCCGUGGACUGCAUGCCGGCCUUCGCGGCGGCGGGCGGCGCCGACGCCUACGCGCCCGUGUUCGCGUCGCAGCACCUGCCCGCCCUCGUGGCGCGGCUGCGGCUGCCGCACCAGCCGCCCGACCUGCGGGGCGUGCUGGUGGGCGGCAUCGCGGAGGCGGCGGAGGUGCUCAAGGCCCACCUGACCCCCCACCUGGGCGACCUGCUGCCGCUGCUGCUGCGCGAGCUGCGCUGCUCCGAGCCCAUCAACCGCCAGAACGCCGCCUUCGCCGCCGGCGUGCUAGCGGCCGGGUGCGGCGGCGCCGCCAUGGCCCCGCACCUGCCCAAGCUGCUGCAGGCCCUGCACCCGCUGUUCGCCGCCACGGAGAACGACGGUGUGCGCGACAACGCCCUGGGCUGCGUGGCGCGGCUGCUGACCGCCGCCGCCGACCCCGCCGCGCCGCCGCCCGCCGGCCCCAGCGCCGCCGCCGCGGGGCUGCUGCCGCUGGAGGCGGUGCUGCCGGUGUUCCUGGGGGCGCUGCCGCUGCGCGAGGACCUGAGCGAGGCGGGCGCGGUGUACGGCGCACUGUGCGCACUCAUGACAGGCGACCUGGCCCAGCGGAUAGCGCCGCUGGUGCCGCAGAUUGUGUCCGCCUUUGGCGCGGCGGCGGUGCAGCAGCCGCCGCUGCCGGCGGCGGUGGUGGGCCAGGUGGCGGCGACGCUGGCGGCUGUGGCGGCGCAGUACCCCGGACCCAUGGGGCCACUGGUGGCGGCGCUACCAGACGACCAGAAGGCGGCGCUGCAGGCGGCGGCGGCAGCGGCGGGGGCGGCGCCGUCCUAGUGCAUAGGCUUGCUUGAAGGGGGGGGAGAAUCGGGAGGGGCGGAGGAGAAGAGGGGGAUAGGAGUGUCGUAGUAGGAAGGUGUGCUCGGAAGGAGCAGCAAGAUGUGCGGUGUAUGGGGCGGGACCACGGGGGCGCCAUUGCGGCAGAAGCAGCAGACCCACCUGGUGGCAUGACAGGAUGCGGAUGAGGUCGAUGAGCAAGGCGGUGACAGGGGCGGCGCAGUUGGCUACGAACCAUAGUGCGUGCGUUGGGCGAGCUGUUUAGCGGAGCGUCGGGACAGGGCUGGGAGUGCGAUGGGACAGGUUUUAGGCAGGUUGGCGAGGUCCCGUAGGGUGCAGCUGACGCCCAUACCCCAGGCAGACGCCAAACAAUUUGCAGCGGCAGAGCAGUAUGUAGUGCAUGGCUGGUCGAACGCCGGAGUUACUGUACCACGGGACAGGGCUGGGAAGGAGGUGGUGUGAGGUUGUACAUCAGAGACUGA